AUGGCGAUCGCAGCCAAUGGACGAACCCAUACGAAGAUAACAGGUACUCCAGACUAUGAUGAUCCAGUUUUCUGGGAUAUUAAAUUCUCUAGUGGUCGCGAUGUCGGGGAAUGGCUGAACCCAGGCGAACCGCUCAUUGACGCCGUGCUGUCGCAUUUGGAGCGCCGCCCCGCGCUCGAUGAGCCUGCCCCCCGUGCCUUGCAUCUCGGACCAGGCAUCUCGAAGCUGGGAUCCAAACUCUGCGAUGAUUUCACAAGACGUGGCUGGCCUGGAAGCCAAAUACUGAAUGUCGAUUUCUCCUCCGAGGCCGUUCGCAUCGGUCGCGAAACCGAAAACACAAAGAUUAAGUCUCACGCGAUGCACUGGCUGCAGGUGGAUCUUCGGUCCUGGGAUGACGUCGCCAAGACCUCCCCGUACGGCCCCUUCGAUGUGGUACUGGACAAGAGCACCAGUGAUGCGAUCGCGACCGCGGCACCCUUGACAUUCUCGUCCGCCUGCGAAGCAUCGAGCAUAUGUCCCACUAUACAGAAGAUUGCGGAGGAAAAUGGAGAAGUAACACUGUCGCCAGUGGAAGUUUUGGCUUUGCAUCUGGCACCGUUGACGCAGAAAGGCGCCAUCUGGGCCACCUUAUCCUACUCCGCCAUGCGCUUCGACAAUUUGCCUUAUAUGGCAGAGUACUGGACCAUAGUAUCUCGAACACCUUUAAAGGCCCCGAAAGGCGAGACCUCGUCCUUUGCACAUACCCCGGAUGUUUUCCAUUGGAUAUAUAUUUUGGAACGGAAAUGA